AUGCCAAACCCUACUCUUCUCAAAGCUGCAGGGUAUGGCUCACUUCUUUUUGCCAUAAAGCAUGCGGCUACUGGGAAAGAGUUCCAGCGACUCCGCCAGUUUCAGGAAUUACCAAAUAUCGCAUACGUGCGCAGCACUGUCGGAUGGUAUCAAGGAAGUGCCUAUUUGGUUCUGACUGGUUUGCUUAAUCUCCAUUGGACAAAAAACCCCAAAUCUUUGGACGAUCCACUAAACCGUGCUAUGGCUACCCUGCUCGUCGUCAUAGCCUGGGCUAGCUCUGCUUGGUAUCUUCGGGGAGGGCUAAGAGCAAGCGGAUUGCUAACAGCGACUGCCGGUAUAAUCCAGGCCUGGGCAGUUCUUUGA